AUGAGUGGAAGGAUCGUGGGACUGGAGCCAAUUGACUUGAUCCGCCUGGAGCCGUGGAAGCCUGGGCCCUGCUUGCCAGGUCCUGCAAGACUGGAGGUCCUGGAUGACUCGCGGGACCUGGAGGACACCCACCAGGACGUCCAUAGCAGCUCCCUGAGGGGAUCGGCAAACUGUAGGAGUCUGGCCUCAGGACUCAGGGGGAUGAGGGGAAGGAUUGUGGGACUGAAGCCAAUUGACUUGAUCCGCCUGGAGCCGUGGAAGCCUGGGCCCUGCUCGCCAGGUCCUGCAAGACUGGAGGUCCUGGAUGACUCGCGGGACCUGGAGGUGACCCACCAGGACUUCCAUAUCAGCUCCCAGAGGCGAGCUGCUAUUAUAAAACACCGGGAGAAUGCUCAAGAGGAAGAUAGAAAGUUGUGGUUGAGACAUGUGUCUGAAUAA